AUGGAGCCAGUUUUAUUAGGCAUUGCUGAGAAGCACUUCAUCGCGCAGGGAUUUGCUGAUGGUGUUCGCAAUGAUGGACGUGGUAUUGAUGAUUUCCGCCCGAUCUGGAUCGAAAGUCCUGCUUUGACAACAACCCACGGGUCUUCUAGAGUGAAGAUUGACACGACUGAUAUCUUGGUAGGCGUGAAAUGCGAAGUCCUGGAAUGUGAAGAUACUUCUUUGGCUCCGAAUUGCCUGCAGUUCACUGUCGACCCAUCUUGCUUAGCAGCGGCUCGCACUGAAGCACGAGGUGGGGAGCUUUUUACCGAAGCAAUCGAAGCUAUUUUGAUGGAAGCGUACCAUGGUAAUGGAGACGUUAUUACUAACAUGGACAAGUUGAUUCUAUCGAAACAAUUCAUGUGGAAGGUGUACGUAGACAUCGUCAUACAGCAAUAUGGAGGAAAUGUUCUUGAUGCCAUUUUUAUUGCUGUGAAAACUGCACUGCUUGAUACUCGCAUCACACAUCUAGCCUUGGUUGCUCAAGAUGAGGGAAAGUUCAACAUCGAAUGCGAUGAGUCCACGGAGACUAACUUCUUUCGACUUGAAGCUGCCAAUGCUCCCUUAUCAAUCUCGGUUAAUCAAGUUGGGAAGUCGAUUGCGAUUGAUUGCACAGAGGUUGAAGAGGCGAUAAUGCGGACUGCACUAUGGGUCGUGAUAGAUCAGCCUGAGAAUGAGGUAAAAUUCUAAAA